CCAUGGACCGGACAGGAGCAGAAGGAGACUCGGUACAUUCCCUUAUGGUUCCGCAGAGACAGAACCGCCUGUUUGGAUCCAGCUGAGCCUUUGAGGACCCGUCAGUCCGGGUCUUUGUGUGGAUCCGGGUCUCGGUUCCGGUCUCCGAUGGCCGACGAGGCGGUGGUCACGGUCCGGUUGGUCCGGAGCUUCGAGCACCGGAACUUUAAGCCGGUGGUUUUCCGUGGAGUGUGUUUGGACCAGACGGUUCGGGACUUCAUGGACCACGUCCUAAACGAAAUCACCUCCAGACCCGGACUACCCCCACCCUUCAGGAAGUACCCGUACGACACGAUGAAAAUCAUCCAUCAGGCUCACGGAGCGAAGACAAAUGAACUGGUGAUGAGUUUAGAGGACGACGACAAACUGAUUCUGCAGAUCGACCAGAGUCUGAAGGCGUCUGGUGUCGUGAAUGAGACCGAAGUUGCCUUUUUCAGGAGCCAGGACUACGGUUUGUACAAAGCCAAUCCAAGCAGCGCCUGGUGAAAGAAGGUCAAACAUGCCAGGAGCAGAAGAAGGCUGUGUUUUAGUUUAUGGAUCUGUUUUCAGAGAUGAAUCUACCGCUGGAAUGCCUUCUGACUCUUUAUUUUUAAUUUUUUAUGUUUAUUACUUCUCAGGAUGUUGUUUUAAAAUAUGUUGAAUAAAGUUUUCUGAUGCUUUGA